AUGUGCACAUGUUGCUGUUGCUGCCAGCAGGAAGUUGCUCCGACGGAUGUAGAGCUAGAGACUCGACGUACGCGGGUGCGAGAACUUUCGGUGCAAGCAAGCGCUUCCGAAUUCCAAGUUCACCAAGUGCCAAUGCUUGGCGCACUGUAUCUUCUUCGUGGAAGAACGAUCCGAUGUGCAGCACUCUUGUUAUUGAGUACUGGCAGAGGGCUGCCCGAGCCCUUCCACAUGCUCUUUCGAGCUACCCAAUACUACGUCUGCGAUGCGACCGUGCUGCUCCUUUCAAGACGGUUGUCGCAGCAUCAAGGUCCGGCUUCACUCGUCUUGAUGGAUCUUCUGAUGUUGGAGCUGCAUGCUGCUGCUCCAUUUGAUCCAGCUGGAGGCAGCAGCGGCUUGCGCCUGCGCGCAACCGAGGAAUUCACACGCAGAGUGCAUGAGUUGUAA